CAGUCAUCACAUCACAGUGUACUCUUACUGGACUGGACCUCUGAGCUGACCAGUGAAGAUCCGGGGAAUGUGAGAAGGGUCUUCAGUCUUUAACAGGUGGCGGGCUGAGGGUUCGAGUCGCGGGCAGCAUGAGCGCGGAUUGCGCGGGAUAUUACAACACGGAGAACGUGUUCGUCGGCGGCUUCACGUGCCCCAAGCCUGACAACGACGCGCGCGCGGUCUUCUGCUGCGGGUUCAGUGACGUCAAAUACUGCUGCGACGACCCCAACAGCUUUUUCCCUUACGAGUAUGGAUAUAUGUGGUGGCUCAGUUUGGGAGCCCUGGUUGGUUUGUCUAUAGCCGCUGUGGUGCUCUUAGCCUUCAUCAUCACUGUUUGCGUGCUCUGCUACCUGUUCAUCGCCACUAAACCUCGAGGGUUGGACAACGGACUGCCUUUACGAGCACCAGGCUCUGGGCCCGGUCCUCAGGAGGGUCCGAGUCAACCGAGCGCCCCGUCAGGACCCCAGGGUUUCCGCAAGCAUUUCCUACGAGGCAAACUGGACUGUGACAACCAGCCGCCCGACCCAGACCGACUGUUCCAGCGCUGCUUUAUGGCUACGGUCACCACCAUCAACGUUGAAGGACCUUCGUAAAGCUGCAAAUAUGACAUGAGCAACGUUACCAAGGAGUCUUUUCAAUGACUUUAUCCAGCCGUCAUGUGACUUACGUAACAUUUUGAAGCACAAGGAUGCAGAAUCGGGGGAAUUCGGAGACUUUAGGAUCAAAAACUCAACUGAAACCGAUGCCGAAUUGCCUCAACGUUAGCAAACGUUUCAUUCAUCUGCGAGCACAAGCUUUGUUUACAUAUCACGCAAGAAACAGUUUGCAUUAAUCAAGACUGCAGCUCUUUGAGAGUCUGAACCAAAGACGGAAUUGAACUCAGUCUUGUUUCCAAAUCCCGAGAAUUAAAAUGUUCAUCUUUCUCUCAAACAAAGUUUACAAAGCGAUUACACCAGCGCAUGGUGCCGAUGCCUUUAAAACAGCUUUGAGCACUAUUUGAGUUCACUUUUUAGCUUUCGUUGGCCGGUUUUGGGGCGUACUGUGAAAUCAAACCGCGUUUUUCUUGAUAAAAAGCACUUUUCACAAACAGGCCACAAGCUGCCGCCCCAAUAGCCUUUUUUAAAAAACCAGUAAAAGUACAAAUCUUUGUGGGAAGAGAAAACCAUUAAAUAACAUCUAAACUAAAAGUAACGUGUCGAGAAGGGGCCGUUCACGUAAAACUAAUUUUUCCAUUGGGUAGGAUGAUUUUAAGGGCCCAACGAUAGUUCGCGGCUUUACCGUGGCAGAAUUACCGUAAUGUGAUUCGUAAGUCCACAGACCGUGAUCGCAAUUUCUACUGAGGGGUCAUGACAACUGUUUGUUUUUAAAAACCACUCCAUUUUUAAAGGCCAAGAUGCAUUUCCUGUAAACGGCCCCUAAAGCCUGGCUCACACUAUAGCAUUUUUAGCCAGAUUUAGCCCUGAUUUUCCCCUUCCCGAGAAUCGGAGCAAAAAUAUGCACCUCGAUCGGCCCAGAUGUUCGCCGCGGAUGAUCCGGUAAUGCGAGGCGUUUAUUGAUAGAACUUAUAAACUCUUGAUCUGUUUUCGCUCAAAUCGGUGGCCGCCCCCAAUCAUAUCAGACAUGUUUCGAUAUUACAUCCGUGCUUUCGCAAUAGACAAUGCAUGAACGCAAACAAAUGCUGUAAGUUACAGCAAAACGACUGAAUAAAGUGACGAAAACGUAUCGCGACUUUAAGGAAAAAGAGAAGCGCUAGCGUGCUAGCGUGCUAGCUAAUGUAAACAUCACUGCUGGCACGGUAAUUUUUAAUAAUAUUUUGUUGGGAUGCGCCACGCUGUUCAAAUCUUGUAGAGUGUGCAUGUUGUAGAUUCGAGGGAAGAUAAUCUGCGAAGAUUGCCUUUAUGUGUGCGCUUCAACCAGAUUUUAUUAUCGGGCGGGAUUUUAAAACUCCUGCAGCGUGAGCGCCAAAGACUUAAAGGGUCAGUUCACCCCAAAACCAUAAUUCUGUCAUUAAUUACUCGCCCUCACGUCGUUCUAAACCCGUGGGACCCUCAUUCGUCUUCGGGAAUCGGAGAGCUACCUGACCCUGCAUAGACAACAACACAACUGAAAUGAUCCAGAUCCAGAAACGUAGUAAAUACAUCGGUAAAAAAGAUCAUUUCAGUCUAUGGAGGGACAGAUAGCUCUCCGAUUUCAUCACGAAUAUCUUCAUUUGUGGUCCAAAGAUAGACGAGUGCAUCAUGGAUUUGGAGUGAUAGAAUUUUUAAUUUGGGUUGAGCCUUUUAACCAUUUAACCUUCAAGAAAUGUAUAAAACAAUUAAAAAAUUAUGCAGCGACGUUAUUUUGACCCACAGGUAACCUUUUGAAAUCUGCUGGGCCUAUUUUUAUAUUUAAUAUAUUCAAUUAAAUAUUCAAAAUAUAAAUAUAAUUAAACAUUAUAUUUAUAUUUUAUCAUUAUACAUUAUAUUUAUAUAUAAAUAUAAUUAAGCUGUAUUUAAUUUCGAUUAUUAGACUUGUGAUUUUUUGUGCAUUCAUGUUGCUGCUGAUGCCUUGCUCAAAUAUCCAUUAAACAUACAUUUUAGUGUUGAGUGUAUCGACUAGCCAUGCUACCACAUGUUUGUUUCAUUUAUUCAUUUAUUUAUCAAUUUAAAGAAUGUAUCCUGACACACAAAAAUGUCACAGCAGGGUUUUAAGCUGUAUUUUCAUAACAGGGUUGCAGAAAUCGCAGACAGAUAAAUAAGACGGAAACUAAAUUUCAUAAUUGUUUUUGAGGAAAUUUGACUUUUAAUUUGCAAGCCUUAUAUUUUAACCCCGUGUUACAACAAAGUGCCAGAACCGAUUUUUACUCUAAUCAUGUAAAAUAAAUAUGUUCAUAUUUAUUUUCGACAAAUGCUCACUGUGACAUUACCCUCUCAAAAGAUACUAAUAUGAGCGCUUUAGGUACUAAACUGUCAUUUUAAAUUAAUAAUAUGUACAAUUUAGAGAUGAAUAGGGGAAUCUUUUAGGUUGUAUACCCUACACUUUUAAAAAGUAAAAACACAUAAGCUGUCUCUAGAAGGGAGCGUUUAAAAAAUUACCUUAAACGUACAUAUUAGUAUCUAAAUCAUACAUUUUAGUACCUUUUGAAAAGAUACUGUCCCAGUGACGACUUUUGCAAUUUUCCUGAGAGUGAGGGGAAAAAAAAUGCAAAAGCCGUCACAGUGGCAGGACCCUUUCCAAAAAAGGGACACAUUUUGCACCUUAUUUACUCUUCAAGAGUGCACAUAAGAACCUUAUUUGUAUCUUUUCGAAAAGGUACCGUCCCGUACCUUUUUUUUUUGAUUGUGUGUGGCAAGGAGAUGUUGAAACCCUUGGCUUUCUGUUGGUUUUCAUGGGAGAGUUGUCAGUUGUGUUCUGCUGAAGGCCAAAGCUGCACUGAAGUCUACUUUGUACGGUGGUUAGUGUUUUUAUUUUUUUACCUCAGUUCUUCGGGGUUUGCGACCUUGAGCCGCGCUGGUUUGUUUUCAACGUGCUGCGAUAUAAAAAGAAAAAAAAAAAAAGCUGCCUAUUGAUGUGACGUUUUAGAUUGUUGCAUUUCCAAAGAGCUGCUCGAUGGACAAUUCCACAUGAUUUCGUCUGUUCUACUUCACCAUGCUCUUCGCGCCUCGCCAGAACCGGAAUGAUUUCAGCGCUGCUAAUCGAGGAAUCUGCGUCCGUUUCAACCGACGACUCGACUUUUACCACAGUGAAAAAAAUGUUUUCCGUCUCUGAGCUCUUACCUUUUCUCCUGUGUUUUAUUUCAUCAAAGACUGCUCGUACAAGAGCUCGAAACCGGUUAACUCAUCCGUUUGGCGCAAUCCAUUAAAGGUAUUUUUGUCUCCA